AUGCAUCUCGUUUUGCGCAUCGCAGCUGGAGCUCUCGCACUCUCUGGACUGGCAUUGGCCGCACCUCCAUCGCCGCCUAGCAGCCUCUUGGCUCGUCAGGAAAUCAUCGAAUGCAGAUGUGCAUUCGACGAGUGCUUCUAUGGAGAGCAACUCACGGUGGAUGACUAUAUCGACUAUCUCAGGCAAUACUAUCCGGCUACAGACCGCUAUGUAUUGUACACGGGUGGCUCGCAGAACCAAGCUUCCGACUUUGUGCGACUCAACACCGACUACUUUUACUACAACAACUUUUUCGACGGGGCGACCAGCGAGCACUACUACACGCAAUGGCCCAUCAAGCAAGACUCUCAAGGCAGGGGAGACUGCUAUCGGCCGGACGAUGCCGACGCAGCAUCCAUCGCCAUCGCCCGGGCAGCACGAACUGAAGUCCGCGUGUUUGGCGGCGUAGAGUACUUGACCUUAGGACAGACCGGGUGGUUUGCUACAAAGGAGGUUCCUGAACUGAGGACCAACAUCAGAAACCAGCAACUCAACAAAAUCACCCACAUGCAAAAGGGCGCAACGGCACCCGAUCAGGUGUUGGCUACCGAAGACGCCGACAUGAAUAUUGUAUAUGUUGACGGCCAAUCGGGACCGAAUGCAGGUGGGACUUAUGGGGACUGUUCCUUGACUACUGAGCCUCCGACAUGCGACAGUCCCGGCAACAAUGCAGACCUCCACGAAGAGUAGGAGAUUUUGCUUUUUCCUUCUGAUUGUGCCUGCAAUAGAGGGGAGGCGGCGGUGGCGGUGGGUGUUUCGAGAGAUGUAGUGGGUAGAAUGAAAAGGGGGAUCCGGAUUCAUGUAUACGAAGGGGAAGAGAGGUUGGGUAGGGAUGAAAGCAGAGUAGCGUAAUACUAC